UCGAUCCCUCCGAAUACGAGGGAUGGACGACUAAAUGAGAAACGAGCCAGUGGACAACCUUCAUUUAUAAGAAAGUGUCCAAGGAUCGAGCCUUCCGCGGACUCUAUCGAGGAAGGGGCACCUAGAGCUCGUAUAUUAACAGAGUCGAAAGUUCAGGCGGAGACUAUCGAUAUACGGCUAUCGUGUAGGUAUCACAGCAUGCUGCGGGAUUAAGAACGAAGGAUUAAUAUUUGUCACUGAAAAAUAAUAAAACUUACAUUUUGUCCAAUAGCAAUAUAAUCUACGCAAUAUUGAAAAUGUGCGUGUACGUAAUUUUUGCACGUGACAACAAGAAUAUAAAGAAUCUCGGAAUUUUUCAUCACUUUUAUCGUCAUACUAUUGAAGAAUUAAUUAUAUACAUAUGUAUAUUUAAGUUGUAAGAAAAGGUAAAGACAAUGACGAGAAAUGAAAAAAGAUCGAGAUGAAAUCAAUUCGCAUAUGGAAUCGUGUAACGAAUCACAUAUGGAACGUUAUUAUUACGAUUAGAUGAUCCUUGAACAAUGACGAUUAUCUUUUUAAUGAGAGACAAAGGCCUGAUGUUCAUUUUCGAGGUGAUUAACCCGCACGAUUAAAACGACAUGUAUGGGUUUCUAGUCGGUGCAUUAUCGUUGUAACAUUGACAUACUUAUCCAACUGAUUCUCGUGCCAGGUAACACUGUAAUAUGUAACAAAGGGAGUUCGAAGACUCUCCUUGAAAUGUGUUACUGCGAUACAAGAGUUUCAAUAGUAGGCAUCGAACUUGUAGUGGCUACAAAAUGUACAUGUACUCUGCUGUAAAUCCUACACCAUAGGACUUUUUCACAUCUUCUCCUCGUAGACUUAAGGUACGCGAUAUUUGUUCAUUCUCUCGUUAUUAUAUCAAAGACUAAUUGUAUCUUGUAAUAUACGACGAGUUCGAUUAUUCCGUUCAAAAUUCAACAUCUCGUUUGAAGAUGUGGAAGCUUAGGUGACUCACGAUCAGGUAACUUCGUCUUGCUAUAAUUUACAGUAAAACAAGAAGAUAACGCUAUUAAGUACAUAUUAUGCUAACUACUGCAAUUCUUUACGCGUACAUAAAGAGUUGGAGAAUUUCAUUGUCAUACCGUGUAGGUAUACUACACUUAUACGCAGAUACAUCGUUAUUCGCGUGUUCGAUCAAACUUGAGGAAAUUAUAGGGAACGUAACGCUUUGAAAUUAAACGGUCAAAGAAGUAUUAAUAUCAAAGCGAUCAUGAAAGAUAAUUUGAAAGAUCGUUUUAGUGGCAUAGUUACUUCUUUACUCUCCCCUGUUCUUUAGAAAAGAUGCUGACGGUUUUACAGUUUCCUUAAACUAUCUUAUCCACUAACUUAGUUUCUAUUACCGUAUUAUCCAAUCGACUUGUCAACUAUCCCACUUCUAAAUUCGUCAUAGUUAGUCCUCGGAUUAUCAGUUGUGUACAGAGCAAUGUAAUUGACUAAUCAUGAUAAAUCCAGAAAAUGAUCGUAGAAGUCCUAAAUCAGUUGUCCUAUUUCGAAUCGUUGGAAAUUCUACGAGCUUCGAGUGUUUCCAGCAUUACAAUUUCCUCUUACCCUCUAGUAUUUCGUGCCGAUCCUGACUAUACUUAUUUAUUGUUAUUUUCAUUAUAUCCCUUAUUCUUAUAUCCCUUAUUUAUCGUUUAACCUCCUACCGUUCGAUUGCCUCUCAACUCCUCCAUGUUCCUCGACUAUUUCUUUCCUUGUUCAUUCUUGUCUAAUAUUCAUUUCACCCUCUCUUUCCCCCCGUCGUGAGUACCGCCUUCUCUCGCACCACUUUUCAGCACGUGUGCCAGUAUUCCGAUUCACAGCAGCACCGUACUCUACGCAAUUUUUUCCGCUCCUUCGUCCUCAUACUCUCGCUCGUUCUAAAUCUCAACAUUUCACUCCACCUGUUUAGAAUAGUUGAUGACACAAGUAUUACAAUACUAAAUAGACGUUAUACGGUAUGAAAUAUUACACCAGUAGACGCUAUAUGAUACUGAAAGAAGAUCAAACAAAGUAAAUCGUAAAAGACAAAAGAUCGCUUUACCUCUGAAUGAUUCGGUGUAAUUAAUUAUUUUCUGCCUCAAAGUAACGAGCAUAAAAAUUUGCUUCUCUUAAUAACGUUACUUUUUGUUGAAAAUGACAACGCGAGUUUGUGCUCACCGUCCGUAUGCAGAUGCGCUAGUUACAAGAAAUUGUAACUAGAAGAUAGUUCUAGUUACAAUCGAUAGAUUUAAUCGAUAGGUUUAAGAUGUUCUUUUGUUUUUAUCCCUAGUCCAUGUACAUCUGUGCAAUAAAGGUUCUUUUGACUUAGAACAGUGUGAUAGAUUUAUCCAUUGAAUAUAAUAAUAGCUAUUAUGGUCCUACUUCUGAGUAUAAAAAUAACAACAUUUUUCUAUCAGCCAAAUAUUUUUAAGUAUUCUUGAUUAAUCACACGACUUUAUAUUCGACAAUUUCUCCGAAACAUUAUUCCGUGAAAUCAUAAUUUAUUUCUCGUUCUGUUUCAUAUCUCCUGUCAACCGAGAGUAUCCAGAGUAUCGAAGAUCGAUAGUUGCGAAAUACACAUUCGGGUCAAAUUGUUCGCAAUAUCGUGCCGUUUGAACAGGAACUAAGUGGCAUUGAGCCAAAGCUAAAGAAUUCGAUUCAUAGACGAAUGAACAUUAACGUUUCGACGAUCGAGUUAUCUUUCGUUAGAUUACUCGUCUCAUUUCGAUCUUACGUAACGUUAUUUACGAUUAAUCAUCGAAAUGGAAAACGAAGAAGAGAAAGAUCAACAAUUAAGAAGAUUAUUUCAAUGGAACUAUCGAUCGCAUUGUUACAAAAAUUGGAAUAUUUUCAAAUUAUAGAUUGCAGAGUUCAGUCCAAACGUUAUCAUGGCUUUUUUUAGCAAAGCCAGUUUUCAACGGAGGAAGACAGCGCAUUAUGUAAAUCUACUUCCUCAUAAUUAACAACGCUUGUCUUAUCGAUAAAAUAUUGGAACAAUAAUUUGUCUCUGUGAAUUACAAUUAAUAGCAGAACAAUAUAUUACAGUGUAUGUGUCAUAUUCUAAGAUUAUUAACAUAGCAUAGGAAAUUCUUUCCUCAUAUUCGAAUAUUAUGACUGUAACGUUAUAAUAGAAUUAUACCAUAGAGAAUUAAUCUACAAUUAUGGGAAAAAGUGCCACGAUAUAUUAUACUAUAAUAUACCAUAAAAAAAAGAAAGCAUAAAAUAGUGUAAAAAAAGCGUGAGAAAGGGGUAACUUAUAAAGAAGUAUUAUUUAUAAAUAAACUUAUUGGGAAUGAACUGAGAAUAUAGGUAUAUCAAUUUUAUGAAACGUGUACGGAGCAUCUUAUCAACAUCUUUCAUGACUCCACAGUACCAGUUAAAUAAAUGUUGACAGUAAUUUUUUAACAUUCUGCUAACUAUUUUAUUAUUUAUAUUAUUCUUGAAUCGAUCGUUUAUAGUUGUAUUGCUCACUUUGAUAAUUUAUUAGUAACUCGAUGGAAAUUGUAGGUCGAGUUUCGUUAUUUUUGGGAAACUCCCAUUCGUAUUAUAAAUUUUAAUGAUUUUAACGUUGGAUUACAAUUUUCUAAAUGAUGUUUUUAUGAUAAAAGACAGGUUAAUAAGUAUCAAAGCGUUAUUUGAUUCGAGCGUUAUUAAAAAUUUAUAGAACAGGCAGAUCGUAGGCUGCGCAACGAUCGAUCUUCGUUUAUUCUAGAUAUUAAAAGAACACGGAACGAUAUCGUUUUAAUUGUGUUGAAAAUUUGUAUAAAAUUCUCAGAUAACUUCUGCCAACGACAGUAAAAAUUCCCAGUAAUCAAUUAAAAGAUUAAUUUUGUAUCGAGGGGAUAUAAAAAUAGAAAAGAUAUAAAAUAUGGAAACCAUAAUUAUACGCUUGAAAACAUUUCAACAACUUAGCUGUUUGUAUUAAAAAAAAAAAAAAAAGAAAGAACUUGUCCACGUAUCAGCGAUCGCAAAAAUAUUCUACAAAUAUUACUAAAUGGCUACUUGGAUAACAUUUUCUCUUGAGGAAUCGUUCACUAGACAAAAUGAUAAAUGAUAAAGAAGCUGAAACAAAGUAAUUUGUAACGUCAGAUCUCGAAGAUGAUCUACCUGACUGACUCAUCUUCGUUCAAAAAAUAUUCUCAAGAAAUUUCUGUCGAUACGUCGAGCUACGAUAACGUCGAUACCGCAAUUCUACCACCAAUAUACCAACAUACUGAUGACGACGAAUACCGAUACAACGUAUACAUUGGUAUUCCUUAGGCUACCAGCAUCUCCAUGCAAAUUUACAUCUUUCCCAACGUAAAUAAAUAAAACGAAUUGAUGCCUGCCAUAUCAAGCGUUGUACGCUCUCUCCGCUGAAACGUAAUCGAAUCUCUGUAAAAUAAUGGUUGCCGCGGCUCAUGCCUCGAGAUUCGCCUGAAAAGCUCGCAGGAGAACCGAGAAACGGAAGGAUGCAAUACGCACUCUCCCUGUUAUCGACCAUAUCAAGAGUAUAGCGAGAAUCAAGGGAGAACGAACGAUGGCGAGCAACACCGAGUCCAGCCGAGAGGUCCCAUUGGAAGAACGAUCGAGGAUUUCUAAUCGUGUUGGUUAAAAGUGGAAGAUAAAAAUUGUUGUAACGAUAAGAAGAUGAUUUAAAGAAUUCGAGUAGGCCACAGACUAAGUUCCUUUAAAGACUAAUCGGUACAAUUUGAGCCAAUUUUCAUGGAAAUUGGAUGUCUUAUCCAGUGUUACUGAAAAUAAAUAACGAAUUGGAAAAAUUAAUAUAACGUUGAUCCGAUAAAGUACACUAAAAGAAUCGAGGCAUCGAGCAAACGAUAUUGAAAAUAAUCUUAGCCGAUUUCCGAUAAACUUGAAUACGUGUCGUUGAAACAUUGAAAUUUAAAUUCUAAAAAUUAAUCGUCUACUCAGUUUGAACAGUGAAGUGAAAACCUAGGACAACUGGAUAUUCGAUAAAACAUUUUUAUGGAGAAAAUUAAGCGGACGAUUAAAGUAUAUGUGUUCGAAGGAGACAAAUUGGUUUACGGACUGGUUUUCUGGUUUUAUAGUGGAAAAAUAUUGAUAGUUGGUGUUUCGUAUUAGCAAUUGUAUGGUGGUUCGAGGAUUGAGCAUGAGUUUGACGGAGGUCCAGCUGCUGAUCGGUUUGUAGGUGAAGGACCAUGGCGAACGCUGGUCGAUGGAGCAACACGUCCGUUGAAAAGUACAGGUAACCAGCGGGUGAACAAAUGGAAGACGGAAGAGCAAAAAAGGAAUUCCAACGAUGGUAACGGUCGCGUGUUUCCUUGGCAAUGAUUCUCUAGAGAAUCGAAAACGUGUUGAUGCGAUUUUAAAGAGAUAAAUCGAACGGAGUAAAGUGAACAAAACGGACGAGAUAUUACAAUCAUGGGCUCGCUGCCAAAUCUUCACGAGUUGUCGAAGGACAAACUCGAAAGUCCUGCUUAUAGACCGGCUCCGAUCGGUGGUUUGGGACCUAUACGACUGCCAGCUCAGCCUCCGCCUUUAGCACACACACAUAGACGCGCUAGAAGCAGUGGUCACCAUCAUGCCUUGUGGGACAACGAUGCUAUGUUAGAGCAUAUGGCAGCAUAUUCUCCCAUCUCCUGUCGGUCAACGAGGACAUCAGCAUUAUCGUGGCGUCGACGAGACUCGAUGAAUUCAUCGGCAGGAGCGUCGUCCGUUCGUCGAUUGAUCGCCGCCGUAAGGGCAGCUCCUUCCGGUCCUAGACCACCGAAGAAAGCCAUUUUGAGGCACUGUGCUGCUCUUCUGUUAGGACACGCGAGCUGUUCAGCCGCUACGCUGCCGAUAUUCCCAUUACAAGCCGGCCUCGGCACCUUUAAUCCUCAACUAGGACCGAUGUUGCUCGCUCUACUUUACGCAAUCGCGACGAUUACCAGUUGCUUCGCGCCAAUCCUCGUACAGAGAUUCGGGACGAACCUCGCCAUAAGCUCUAGUCACGUGGCUACCACUAUUUUCGUGGGAUUGCAUUUAUAUCCAAAGUGGUACAUAUUAUUACCUAGUUACGCGAUGCUCGGUGCUUGUAUGAGUCCAAAUUUCAUAGCAAGAGUUUCACAUGUAAAUGCUUCAGCGACGAGUUUAGCUCUGGUGUGCGUCGAUCCCGAGGAUCCUGACGAAACAAGACGCGAGUGCCUUCUAAGAAGACUUAAUCGAGGAAUCAAAUUAGCAGAAGACAUAGGUCUCGCACUGGGUUGUUUAAUCGCUGCCAUACUUGUAAAAUUAACAGACUUGGUACCUCUUAAUACAGUAAGCAGUGAGAUAAAUGACAAGUGUGGAGCAGAGUACUGUCCAGAAGAAAUUUAUCUAUACAAUAGCACAAUUAAUUUACCUACAUUAUCAUCUGGUACAUCACAAAUAUUGGUCAGCAUAUGGCUGGGUCUUGCUGUAUUAGGAUUAGGUAUAUCGUGCGCUUUUCUCGACUCUCGAAUGAAGGAACCACAGAGUGUAAAUGAAAAGCACAGCAUUCAAAAUAUUCUGCAGUCUGUAAAAGCUGCGUUCCUAGAUCCUAAGUUACAGUUAGCUGCACCAUUGACACUUUUUAUCGGACUUGAACAGGGUUUCAUCUAUGCUGAUUUUAUAGAAGCAUACGUAGUCUGCGCCCUGGGAGGAGCUAGCACAGUAACGAUCAGUUUUUUAGCGCUAGCUUCCUUGCAAGCUCUUGCUGAUGUCACCCUAUCAAUGUUGCUACGACAUAUUAAAAGAUAUUUCGUCGUAGUUGUAGGAUUUGUAUUCCAUGCAUGUUUACUGCUGGUCUUGACCACCUGGAGACCAUCCGGUGAUGACCCAGCACUUUUUCAUGUUAUAUCUGCUGCCUGGGGAGUCUGCAACUCUAUUUGGGAAACUCUAAUAUACACUCUGGUAAUGGGUUUAUACCCAAACUCUUGGCAAGGACCUCUAUCGACGUCCCUCUUCUGGAAAUGGCUUGGUCUUGCACUUACUCUUGGUUUACACGGAUUGGUCUGUACACGACUUAGAGUACUUGGCCUUUCCGGUGUGCUAAUUCUCUCAGUGCUUCCUUACGGAUGGUUAGAGGUUAGACUGGCCAAAAGAGGGAAAAGUUUGGCACCAUUGUGACUGGGAGAUCCAACUACCAAUGAUCAUGGAUCAAAUAUCAAAACAGAGGCACGUUAUAGAGAUUGAGAUAAGUUCGUUCCAUUCGGCUUAAGAAGGACAAGAAGACACAACAGAAACAGAAAUCCUUUCAUAGAACAAGCUGCGACUAUAACAAAAUUGCGCACGCGACGAAGAGCAAACAGCGUUGCUUUUACUUGUAAUACUAAACAAAGUGUAAGCGCAAAAGAUACUGAGCCUCAGCCUUCUUCUUCGACUGCAGAUAAUCAUAGAGCCAGUGUCACAAAUGAGGAAAGCAGUGUUCUUCCUGUCUCUUAAGGCUAAACCUUUUGAAAGUUCGCAAUAUCUUUCAUUUAAUUUUUAUAAUCUGAGCUAAAGAAACGAUCACAAUUCUGAAUUUUACAAAUUUAACUAUUUUCUUGUGUGUUUUUUUUCUUUAAGUGUUUUACAAUUUUAAAUCUGUAAUAUAACCAUAAAUUUCAACUAUAAUUUGCAAUAGAGAUGAAUGUAUGAUGAGUUUUCAUAUAUGCAGAUAUUCUUUUACACAGAACGUUUAAAAUAUAUUAUAUGUUCUCCUACAAAGGAUUAUUAUAACUUUAUAUGUAACAGAAAAAUUAAGGAAAACACAAGAAAAGUUAAUAAGAAUAUAUUUAUCAAAAAUGUAAUCAAAAAACUUCAAAAAAGGGAAAAUUUACAUCUUACAUUUUCCAAUUUAAGUUCAAAUCGGGGUACAUUUCAAUCAUUUCACAAUAUAUAUUAAUAACAAAUAAUAAUGAAUCUGUGUACCUAGUUAAAUUGUAUUUCAAAUACAAUGUAUCAAAUACUGGGUAAAUUAAAGUCUUUCUUCAAGUUGAAUGGAACGAAGAGCAUAUUAUACAUGAAAUAUUUCAUGUAGCAAAAGAUAUAAGUAAAUAAAUACUCUUGCGGACAAUUUCUUAAUCCGCCACGGUACGAUCGAUAAAACGGCAUCGUACAAGACUGAGCGAUAGCAGAAUAUAAAUAAUUAACGAUCGAAUAUACUAAUCAUAGUAGUAUCUCUCUGACAAAUCAUUAUAACUGACGUUUAACCGUCGAAACGUACCUGAUGUCUUUCAAAAAAACCAAAUUAAUUUUAAUCUUGCGAAAAUAGAAAAAACGGAGAUUGUAAACCACGUCUGCCCUGUAUCACAGAAUCGAAAUGAAAAUCUAGCUAUAAGAUACUUGAACGUAAGUACAGCUAUAACAUAGUUCGAUUCUAAUUCUAUAUUACUACAAUCAAUACCAAAGUUUAUCAUUCACACGAGAAAAUAAAUUAAUAUAAGAAUUCGUUGUACAAAUGAAACGUUUUUUUAUUAAAAAGGAAUAUCUUAAUUUAGAAAAAGAAAAAAAAUAAUGCUUCAACGAAAAAGCCAAUAUUACUCUAUUGAUCAAGCUAAAGCAUGAAGUAUCACUGAUUGUGAACUUCAAAGGAAAGCGAAUAAUCCUAAGUCAAUAAUUAAUUAAUUAAUAACAUUAAUAAGAUAAAUGUUAAUGAAACUUUUUCCAACAUACAAAAUUUGUCCUAUUUUUCUGUAUUAUAAAAAUGUUAUUUGUUACUUCGCUAAUUAUAUUUGAAAGGAUGAAAUUGUAGCACACGUGAUCCAUUCUGUCCUGUACAUAAUUGACCAAAUAAGUGUAAUACGUAAAAUGCUCGAUAUUUAUCGUAUUUUUUACCACGUUAUCUUUCAACGUAUUCACCAUAUCAUGAAUGUACAUUUAGUUACGCUUCUUAUAGGUAUCUUUUGUGUAUAAAAGCUAUAACUUGUAUAAUUCCAUGAAAUAAUACAGAGUUUUUAUUAUAUUGAUAAAUUUUAAACUAAGGACAUUGUAAUAUUGAUAUAUGAGAGGAACUUUAAAUACAGAUUAACACAUGUUAUCUUGAAUAAUUGUUACAAAAGUAAAACAUCGACACAUGUUUGAUGGUAAUUUAGCAGAUAGGUAUUUAUAUGAGAAUAUUUCAUAAUUUAUAAAAUUAAGAAGAGACACGAAUAGCCGGACUAUUUGUAAGUUUACCAUGAAAGAUUUUCAAGCGCAAAGUCGCUUUUCUUGUUGCCAUAAUUUCCGAUUGUAUGACUGAUAAUUUGUAUUAAUUCAUGCAUAACGCAUUCAAACCAAAACAUAACCAAAUUAAUUCAUAUAAUAGUAUGAUAUUUGUAUGUAUACCAAUAUAUUUUGCAAUCUUGAAAUAAAUUAUAUAAUUAAUUAAGAAUCCGUAUAAGCAGAGAUAUAAGAACAAAACACUUUGGAAAGUGUCGAAAAAAUACAAAAGAAAAAGAUUUGUUAAUUGUUGCAAAGACUAGGACAAGAAACGCUACUUCCAAAACUAUUGAGAAAUUCAAUAUAAAAAUCUUCAGCAAUAAAUUUGCUCAUUUUGAUUCAAAUAAGAAAUCCUAAAUACUUGAACCGAACUUAUGUUACGGUGAAUUCUAUAAUAGAAGAAAACAAAUGGAAGCGAAAUGUUCCUGUCCUAGUAUACAAGCAUGGAUUUAGAAAUGGUACUGGAGAGGCAUAUAUUAACUGUAUUUCGUGAAAUAAUAAAUAUUAUCUUAUUUUA